AACAACCUCGGUAGCUUGAUAGCCAACAUAGCCGAAAGAUUCAAGCUAUUUAUACGCUUUCGGUGUAUAUUAGCUACUGUGUUUUAGACACAGUUGUUGGUGUUUCAUACUGGAGAGGGAAUGCAAAACAACGACGCUGGACAGAGUGGAAUCAGGUGUAUCAAAAAGGCUGUUUAUUGGUCAAAGAUAUCUUGUCCUGCCGUUUAUCGUGCACGGACCUAAGGAAUGUGACUCCUGUGAGGAGUCAGAAUAGUUAGGCUGCUCAGCCAGAGUUUACAGCAGAAUAAUGUAGGUGGAGUCUCGUCGUGUUGAUCUUCUGACUGGUCCUGAAGAGUUGGAGGCGGGCCUUGCUCUAGCCAGAGCGGGCCCCCUUGGUGCACAGCAAAGUCCAUUGCUCUUGGCACCCGACCAGUAGGGGGGGUAGAGUGUGUGUGUACAGUGCUUCAUGAAAUGUGCGUGUGUCAAGGAAACGUGGAUAUUGGUAAUGUCUGCUUUAGGCUCAGGUGUUUCUGUCUUUGCAGGAGUGCAUGCUGGGUUCAAUGCCAGCGAGAUAGCUUGGCACUUCUAAGCUCGUUAGUGUUGCAGGAUGCUCUUUGUAGUUUUACAGGGGAGUAAUAUUUGCGUGAUGGCAGCUGUGUGUCCUUCGGAUAAUCAUGUUAUUGCACACAGGCUCUAGACUUGGCUGAAGACACUGGGCCCAGAGUUAUCUGAGGGCAUCCGGUUUAACCAGAGCUUUGGUCUGCUAGUAACGCUUUAUAUUAGAUUAUUUAUAUAACACAGUUCUGUCGUAUCUACUUGUUAACCUAUUUAAUUUAAUAUUAACUUUACAUUAUUUUGUAUUAGUCAGCUAUAGUAGCUGGCUGGUUAAGUUAGCAUUAGCCUAGUCGCUAAUGAUAUCUAGCUAGCUAACAUCCCCGAACAUGAGCUCCCUAAACAUCUCCCCUCCUGUUAAAGAAGAGGAGGUCUGCUGGACGGAGAAAGAAGCUCUGGGGCUGAACAUUGUCGUGAAAGAGGAGAAGGAAGAAGAGGAUGUCACAGUAAAACAAGAAGUAGAGGGUGAGGCUGUUACUGUGAAAAAAGAAGAGAAAGACAUUAUAGUGAAAGAAGAGAAAGAGGAGGAUGUCGUUUUUGGAGUGAAGAUGGAAGGGGAGAUUACUGUCACAUUGAAAGAUGAAGAGGUGGAGAUAGGAGAUCUGAUUAACACCAGAGAGAGACGGGACUACCGUGGGUCAUCUGGGAAGCCUAAACAACCUCAUGAUGUUGACGAGGCAGAGAAGAGUCUCUACAGAUCAGAACACGUCAAGAAACAGCAGCAGAGAUCCACAGGGAAGGGAACUCACUGCUGCUCUGACUGUGGGAAGAGAAUCACCUCAUCAGGCAUUAAAAUUCAUCAGAGAAUCCACACAGGAGAGAAACCUUACGGCUGUGAUCAAUGUGGGAAGAGUUUUGUUCAAUACAGCCAUCUGAAGAUACACCAGAGAACACACACAGGAGAGAAAUCUUAUAGCUGUACUCAAUGUGGUAAGAGUUUUAGUCAUUCAACCAGCCUGAUACCACACCAGAGAACACCCACAGGAGAUAAUCCUUAUAGCUGUGAUGAAUGUGGGAAGAUUUUUACUACAUCUAGAAAUCUGACUCUACACCAGAGCAUACACACAAGAGAGAAAUCUUUUAGCUGUACUGAAUGUGGGGAGAGUUUUAGUCAUUCAACCAGCCUGAUAUCACACCAGAGAACACACACAGGAGAAAAACCUUAUAGCUGUGAUCAAUGUGGGAAGAGAUUUACUCAGCUAAGCAUCCUGAUAUCACACCAGAGAACACACACAGGCGAGAGAUCUUAUAGCUGUUCUCAAUGUGGGAAGGGUUUUACUCAGCUAAGCAACCUGAUUUCACACCAGAGAACACACACAGGAGAGAAACCCUAUAGCUGUGGUCAAUGUGGGAAGAGUUUUGCUACAUCUGGGCAGCUGACUAUACACCAGUGAACACACACAGGAGAGACAUCCUGUAGCUGAAAUACAUGUGGGAAGAGUUUUACUCAGUCCAACAGCCUGGUACAACACCAGAGAACACACACAGGAGAAACCUCUUAGCUUUGACCAGAGAUAAUCUGAUAAAAGAUUUCAGAUCAAAUAUCAGAAAGUACAUACAGGAAGGAGUUGUUUCAUGAUAUCAAUGAAUUACUGUCAAUGUUUUAACAUUGUACUAGGAGUAUUUUAAUCAUGUCACAAUGUAGAAGCCUAAAUGUUUGCCCCCUUAUCAAUUGAUAUCAACAUGAUAUGGAUAUUAGCGUUCGGGGGAAAAAUCCAGGCUCUGAAUUGAAAGUUGUGUUGAGUUGUGUUACACUUACCACGUUGGUGACCCACUGCAGUUUAUAAGGAGCUUGUUUAAAAAAUACAAAUAACAUGAUUAUUGUGGCAGAUGUUUGUGUAUAUAGCACAUGUUAUGUUUAGGUUUUCAAUUUAUCCCAAACUGUUUCUGCGUAUUGGUUAUUGAUUUGGACACAUUAACACUGUUUUGACAUCGGGCUUUCCCACCGAGCAGAAUGUAAUUGAAAGACGUUCAAAAGAAGACUAUGCCCGACGUCCAAUAUACGUUCGGUUGAAAAUAUGUAUUUUGGGGUAAUUUCUUUCAAUCACUUGAAAAUAACUUAAUUUCAACUAACUUGCAGGUAUCCUAGUGGUUAGAGCGUUGGGCCGUCAUUGUAAGCCAGAAUUUGUUCUUAACUGACUUAUUUACAAUGACGGCCUACCAGGGAGCAGUGGGUUAACUGCCUUGUUUAGGUGCAGAAUGACAGAUUUUUACCUUGUCAGCUUGGGAUCCAGUCCAGCAACCUUUCGGUUCCUGUUAAAUGAAGGUUGAAAUAAAUAAAUAAAUACACAUGGACACAGUAUAAUAAAUUGGUCUAUAAUCAAUUUUAUUAACCAUCUUUCAUCACUCCAGUAUUUCUUGACAACAUUCAAUUGCUAAUUGUCUUUAUUCCACUGAAGACGCAUGUCUCAAAUCACCUCAUAUUUCAAACAUUCAGCCUGACAAAAGAUACAUGUUUUAUUAUUCAAUGCCUGACAAUUAAGUGAAUUAUUGCCAAUACAUAUUAACAAAGGGGUGUACAUUUGAUCACAUUUUAUUGUGACUGCACGUUUUUCUGUAUUGGAGAUGGGGUUUUGUUUGGACUCAUUCCAAGUGGACUAGAAGCUAGUGAGUUUUUAGGAAGAUGAGACUUCUAGAAGCUAGUGAGUUUUAGGAUUCUAUAGAAAGAAAAAUGAGAAAAUGGUAUAUUAUUAUUUAGAAAUGUUUUUUUUUUCUUGUUUUUAAUUGUUGACAGCCAUUAGACGCCGUGUUUAUAUUGGUGAAGGUGAAGCAUUGUAGUUGAUUAUAAUGUGAAAUGGAAGUUUUUGGUGGUAAGCAAACUUGUCCAACAAAAAUAUAGGAUAUAUUUGUUGUCUUAAGGUGGAAGGUGUUACAGGCUUUGGUUUUCCCAUUUAUGUUUUUGAGGUUGGACUUUAGCAUGUAGGACGAACUGAUUGGUGCCACCUCGUUCGUCAGUAUGUGUUUCACCUGUGCUGGUUUGUCCAUCUCGUUAGUGGGAAGGUGUUUCACCUGAGCUGGUCCAGGUUCUAUUUAAGAUUGUCUGGCCCAGUACUCCAGUUGUCUUGAUA